UACUAAGUUAUGAACAGGUAGUGGCGAGCACGCAUGCGCACCUCCAUCACGCUCGCACAUUGCACGCUUGUCCUUGUCCUAGCGAGCGACCCGGACGCAGACGAGCGCUGCGCCGAGGCCAGUCGUGCAGCAGGCUGACCUUCAAGGUGCUCCGGGGGCUUCUCGGCCCUCUUCGUCGCCCCUUUAAGUCGAUCGCCUCCUACUACCCGGACUACAUUUGUUCGCUGCCCAAGGACAAUGGCAUGCACCGCUGCCAGAAUCUGCCGCCGACGAAAUACGAAGGUAUGGACUGCAACGGCACAGCGAAACCGUUCGAGAGCAACGAACCCACCAAUGAAUCGUGUGUCAACUGGAACCAAUACUACACCGACUGCCGGCCGGGGGACAAGAAUCCUUUCCAGGGCACCAUAUCCUUCGACAACAUCGGGCUCGCCUGGGUGGCCAUUUUCCUAGUAAUCAGUUUAGAAGGCUGGACGGACAUCAUGUACUAUGUUCAAGACGCACAUUCAUUCUGGGAUUGGAUUUAUUUUGUUCUACUCAUUGUGAUCGGGUCCUUCUUCCUGAUCAACCUGUGUCUCGUCGUCAUCGCCACGCAGUUCUCGGAGACGAAGAAGCGCGAGAUGGAGCGGAUGAAGAUGGAGCGAGCUCGGUUCCACUCGACGAGCACUCUGGCGUCGGGCUCCAUGUCGGAACCGAACUCAUGCUACGCCGAGAUCAUCAAGUACAUCGCCCACCUGUACAGACGAGCGAGACGAAAGCUGUACUCCCGCUAUAGACAGUUCCGCCGCCGCCACCGAUCUGAGCACCCGCGGCAAUUAAGCCUUAAGAAGCAGCGGCGCCGUCGGCAGUAUGUGCUCGCCCAACACGCGCUUUUGACGCGCGAGCCGGGAGGCCACCUGACGCCGAGCACCGUGGUAACCAUGCCCACGGGCGUCGCCGGGGGAGUGGGUCCUGGCGGGGGCUUCACCGUAAUGAAUAACGUCACCGCCACGAGUCCUCAGCUUUUGUCGCCCCCAGAGGUUAACGAGGGCCAGGAGGAUAGUAGAAACAAUAGCGCCCCUCGCGCUAGCCCAGAGGUGUCUGAAGUCGACCCUCAGACGUCCCCUCACCGCCCGGUCCUCCUCAUGAUCCCCAGUGGUGCUAGCGGUGAAGGGAACAAUGAGCUGGUGCCCCCAUCACCCGCAGGAGCCUGCACUCCCCGGCACAGAAGACGAAGCUCUGUGAUGUUUAGUGACGUGGUGCUCCUGCACGGCCACGCGGGCGAGACCGCCACCAAGAACGUCUGCCACAGUGAGAAGACGACGCAGACCGACGACGAGCCGCUGGACCCAGCCUACUUCCGUGAGCCUCUGCCCCCCUCCCCUCACACGCCGGGCCCCCCCGUUUCACUCUUGCCUUCGGUUCUGCUUCCUCCGACGCUCGCACCUUCUGCCAAGACCAAGUCUUCCCUGCGGCCCGUGUCGCGCACACCUUCGUAUAAUGGCUCAGGUGGUAAGGGCUCACUCACAUGUGGCGAACUAUUAGCACUAAGUGGCGCGCUCUCGGCGGCACUGCCCACGCACUUGGGCAUCGAUUCCCGCUCUGUGCACACAUUGUAUUCUUCUCUUGCCAAAGGUGUCAAACAUUUCUCUGCUCCUACGUUAUUUUUCUCAGCAGACCAAGCGCCUGCAGGACUCUCAGGCUAUUACUCGGCCUCAGACUCCUGUCACUCCGACUCCGACUGGAGUGACGAGGAAUGGAGUGAAGAGGAGCGGAGUGGCCCGCCCUCGCCAUUGCGCAGGUUCUUCUCCAAGUUGCGAGUAUACAUCAAGAAGCUGGUGGAACACACCUACUUCCAGCGAGGGAUCCUGGUGGCCAUUCUCAUCAACACUCUCAGCAUGGGCGUCGAGUACCACAACCAGCCCGAGAUACUGACAACCAUCGUGGAGACGAGCAACAUCAUUUUUUCAGCAGUUUUCGCUCUGGAAAUGCUGCUGAAAGUUAUUGCUGAAGGGCCUUUUGGUUACAUCAGUAAUGGCUUCAACGUCUUUGAUGGUGUUAUUGUGAUUCUAAGCGUCGUUGAGAUGUACGAGAGCUACACGACGUCGCACGCGGAUCAGCAGGCCGGCCAGGGAUCGGGGCUGUCUGUGCUGAGGACCUUCCGCCUGCUGCGCAUCCUGAAGCUGGUUCGGUUCAUGCCCCAGCUUCGACGCCAGCUGUUUGUUAUGCUGCGGACCAUGGACAAUGUGGCUGUGUUCUUCUCUCUUCUCAUUCUGUUCAUUUUCAUUUUUAGUAUACUCGGCAUGAAUCUUUUCGGUUGCAAAUUCUGCAAAAAGGGCUCAGACAAUUCAACUACCUGUGACCGAAAGAACUUUGACAGUCUGUUAUGGGCCAGCAUAACAGUGUUCCAGAUCCUGACCCAAGAGGACUGGAACGUGGUGCUCUUUAACGGCAUGGAGAAGACAAGCCACUGGGCCUCGCUGUACUUCGUGGCUCUCAUGGCCCUCGGCAACUACGUCCUCUUCAACCUGCUCGUUGCCAUCCUCGUGGAAGGCUUCUCUGCCGAGAGAAAUGAACGAUUAGAAAAAGAGGAGAGAGAGCUUGAGAGAAAAAAGAAAAAGGAAGAUGCAAAAUCUCUGGAAGGACCGGAGGAUGAGAACAAUGAUGAUAAUAAGGAUAACCCUCCAGAUGAGGAAAAAGGGGAGACCUCGUCAAGGUGCACUUCAGAAGUCACCAAGGACAGCCAAGGGCAGGUCAGGGGCACCCAUGAAGUGUCUAUACGGAUUCCGGAAAAUUCUAAGCAAGCAACAGCACUGUCCAAAAGCACCCAAGUAUUUUACAAGAGUGCUCCCGAGCCGGCUAGCAGCCCUACUGCAGCCCCGAAGGGACCUGCAGAGCCUGUGCAGCAACCUGAUCCUGGCAACCUUCCAAGUCCAGAGCAGAAUAACGAACCUGCAGAGGAUGAGAAGAAGAGGUCAGCUUCUACCCUUGAGGCCCCCGACGAUGAACGACGACACUUGAAGGGAAACGAAGACCGGGUCAAGGAGAACCAGCUCAGACAGAAGCUAAUGUACGAUGACCCCAAGUGUAACAUUGAGAAAGAGAGUAAGUUGCUGCAGAUGCCACAGUCACAAGGUCGGGACAACAGAAUCCCAGAACACGCCAUGCUCCCUCCAACACCAGCAGGCUUCACCCCCAUCAUGGCUGCGCCUCCUUCCCUCCUUGGGUACCCCCCCAUCAUCACCCACACGGCUGCCACUCCUCAGGGCUCGCCCCAUGCCACGCUCGAGUCAUGUGGCAGGGGAGAGCUCAACAACAGGCUGACUCCGGCGAUGGCUCUGUAUGGCACUACGUCAGAUCAGCCGGACCAUCCUCAGGGCGUCUUGAGGUCAGCUUCGAUAAAGAGCAACAACACUACAUCUUCUCGAUCAUCUCGAACUUCAAGUCGCCUGGGGUCCCGCGCCUCACACAGACGGGAGUCCCUCUCUCCACACGACCUGCCAGGCCGCCGGGAUUCGAUCAGUCCAUCUCCUGGGAGGGAGCGCAGCGGGAGUGGCGGUGGCUCUCCGCUGUCCUGGAGAAGGAACGGCUCGCAGCGACGGCGACGCGGAUACAGCACGAGCGGCGGGUCGUUUCGGCGAUCGCACCUCGACAAGGAGAACCUAGUCUGUCGGGACUCGGUCUCGGAGUCCGACGGGGAGGAGGAGACAGCCCUCAACAACAACAUCACCUUCACUAAUAACAAUCUCAAUAAUCACCAAACUACGAUGUUAGGGACAGAUCAUAGUCACUGUAAUGGUUUAACAAGCAGCCAUGGGCAGGUGGCUCCAAGACGCUCCAUCCUCACACAGCAGAACUCCAUAGGUUCCCCAAGGACGCUAAGCCCUCAGAAUUCUAUCCGUUCUAGGGGUUCUUCGCCUAGAUCACGCCAGCCGUCUGUGCAAGGCCAGACGUCAGUGUGUGGCUCAAUCAAGGAGUUAGAGUACAAGCAAAACAACCUAAGCCGAGCAAAGGAGGCAGCGGCUGCAGCAGAACAGGAAGAGGAAGAAGGAGGCAGCGAGGCAGAGGUAGAACACAUACGCAAGAUUUGCUUUGUGUUCGAGCCAAAGGGCUGCUUCAAAGAAAGACAAGAAUAUUCCAUGUUUUUAUUUUCUCCAGAAAAUCCGAUUAGAAAAUCUUGUAUAUAUCUGGUGUCCAGAAGGUGGUUUGAUUCAACGGUGCUCUUCUUCAUUGGCCUAAACUGCAUCACUCUGGCCAUGGAGCGUCCCAAUAUACCUCCGGAAUCUACUGAACGAUUUGUUCUUCAAAUAUUCAAUUAUAUAUUUACUGUUGUUUUCGGCAUUGAAAUGUUUAUAAAGGUGAUUGCUCAAGGGCUUCUCUAUGGUAAGAAUGCAUACUUCAGCUCUGGUUGGAACAUAAUGGAUGGUGCGCUCGUCAUCGUUUCCUUCAUAGAUCUCCUUAUGUCUGUCCUGGUCUCAACCUCACCACGCAUCUUCGGCAUCCUUAGGGUCUUCCGUCUCCUUCGUGCUCUAAGACCACUUAGAGUAAUCAACCGAGCACCCGGGUUGAAAUUAGUGGUCCAGACAUUACUGUCCUCCCUGCAACCCAUUGGAAAUAUUGUCCUCAUCUGCUGUACAUUCUUCAUCAUCUUUGGCAUCCUGGGAGUUCAGCUUUUCAAGGGUACAUUUUUUUACUGUGAAGGUGAAAUUAUAAAAAAUGUCACAACCAAGGACGAGUGCUUGGCAAUUCCCGGCAACAUCUGGCUCAAUCGGAAGUACAACUUUGAUGAUCUUGGUCAGGCACUCAUGUCGUUAUUUGUCCUCUCUUCAAAAGAUGGCUGGGUCAAUAUUAUGUAUACUGGUCUAGAUGCUGUUGGAGUUGACUUGCAGCCAAAGGAAAACUAUUCUCAGUGGAGAUUGUUAUACUUCAUCUCAUUCUUGUUACUCGUGGGAUUCUUUGUAUUGAACAUGUUCGUUGGAGUCGUCGUGGAGAACUUCCACAGAUGCCGAGAAGAACAGGAAAAGGAAGAGAAAGCUCGCAGGGCAGCCAAAAGAGCCAAAAAGCUGGAGAAAAAGAGAAGAAAACUAGAGAAAUUCAGGGAAGAGAGAAUAAAGAGUCUAGUUGCAGCAGGCAUAGACCCUUCCACAGUAGACAUCGAGGCAGAAAUCAGGAGACGCAGAAGAAGGAAGAAAUUGUUGAAGCUUAUGAGGCUUCAAGAAAAAAUGCGUGAGCCACCUUACUACAGCAGCUAUUCAAAGGCAAGACUUUUCAUUCACAAUAUUGUGACCAGUAAAUAUUUUGACCUUGCAAUUGCUGCUGUCAUAGGUCUCAAUGUCGUCACCAUGGCCAUGGAAUUUUAUAAGAUGCCAAAGGAACUGGAGUAUGCUCUUCAGAUCUUCAACUAUUUCUUCACAGCAGUUUUCAUACUGGAAUCUGCCAUGAAAAUGCUAGCUCUUGGAUGCAGAAGAUACUUCAAGGACAGCGAGGAGUUUAGGUGGAAUCAGCUGGAUGUGCUCAUUGUCAUCCUCUCAGUCGUGGGCAUUGUAUUGGAGGAGAUGAAGAGUGAGAUCAUCCCCAUCAAUCCAACCAUCAUUAGGGUCAUGCGAGUGUUGAGAAUUGCACGAGUAUUAAAGCUGCUGAAGAUGGCAAAGGGCAUUCGAGCAUUGCUGGACACGGUCAUGCAGGCUCUUCCACAGGUCGGCAACCUCGGCCUCCUCUUCUUCCUUCUUUUCUUCAUCUUUGCUGCUCUCGGUGUGGAACUCUUUGGGAGACUCGAAUGUGAUGAUAGCCAUCCAUGCCAGGGGCUAGGAGAACACGCACACUUCAAGAACUUUGGUAUGGCUUUUCUCACACUCUUCAGAGUAGCAACAGGAGACAACUGGAAUGGCAUCAUGAAAGACACACUAAGGGACAAUUGUGAUGACGAGCCAGACUGCGUCAAAAACUGCUGUCUCUACCCUUUUGUGGCCCCCAUUUUCUUUGUUGUGUUUGUCCUGAUGGCUCAGUUUGUGCUGGUCAACGUGGUCGUCGCUGUCCUCAUGAAGCACCUCGAAGAGAGCCACAAACUGGAGGAAGAGGAGGCGGAGUUUGCUCGGCUGCUGAGGAUGGAGGAUGAAUAUGAUCUAGAAGUGGAAAUUGAGAGACAGCUGGCACAGGAGGAGGAAGAAAUGGCAGAAAUGCAAGAAAACAUUGCAAACCAGAAACUUGCACAACAGGUUACUAAGGAUGUUAAUGAAACUGCCAAGGCAAAGUUCAACAACGGGAAGUAUUUCCACAAGCCACUUAACAAAAUGUCUUCACUGCCAUCCAACUUCACUUUCCGAGGGCAGAAGGAAGUGAUUGAUGCAUCUCGAAAGGAGCACAAUACUCCCCCAUCUUCCCCUGGAACUACAGACAAGCAAGGAGAGGCAGCAUACACCAUCCCAAGUAUAAACAUCAAUGGGAUGGGCUAUGAAGUAGAGGGGGAACCCUCCACUACACAACUGCCUCCAUUUUCCCACGAAUCUGACCUUUACAAUCCCAACGUGAAGAAACCAUCACCUGACGAGCCUGAGAACAAGGUUGCUAUCACAGAUCUUCGUCAGGUUCCACUGGAGCAGCACCAUGGGGGAGCAAGACCUAGGUCAAGCCCUCCUUCACAAGAACACUUAGAAAAAGAGGAUGAAAAGGUGGCAACUAGUGCAGCACCUUUAGCAGAAACAUGGGAAGGAGAUGAUGAGAUAAGUGGAAGUGAGAGUAUUAGCCGGGGGCCUAAUUCACCAAAGCUUCAAGAACCUGGGAGCCCUUCAACACAGCAGGCUAUGAGGCAAUCUCGUUGGUACAACCGCCGAAGGGUAAGUAAUGGGGGUGGGCGGAAGGUGAGCUUAGAUGACUCUCUCACUCAGUCACUGAUGGCCAGCUUUGAUGUGCCAGAACUUGGAGGACAUUUAGAUAUGGAUUCUACUUCAUGCUCAGUGUGCUCUAGUGAAGAAGCAUCAGCUAAUUCCCAUCGGUCAUCAGGACCCUCUCCAUUGGCAACAACAACAUCUGGACCUUCCACAGCAUUGGAUAAUACCCAAGUUCUCAGUCCCUUCCCACAAGUACUUCCACCACCACCAAAAGUUUUUGCUGACGAUGAUGAUGAUGAUGAUGCUACAUUGGCAUCAAGUACAGAUUCUUUUACACUGGAGGGCUGUCCACCUGACUUGCCAUCACCUGAUGCAUCCUCUGGUGAUGAUGCUGGAGGUCUUUCCAAAACUAUAUCACCACAUUCUUCCCCCUCUCCCCAUUUAUCUUCUCCUCUAAGUGAUGCACCUCCUAUUUCAUCUAAUAAAAACCUUAAUAUUCAUUCAUCAAAUUCUCAGAGUUCCUCUCUAUCCACACAACUAUCACCAACUGCAAUUUCAGAUCCACUUCCAGCACCACAAUCCUCUUCAAUGGGUGAACUACCACAUUAUGUGCAUCCAUUUAGUUCCCUUGAUGAACUAAGAGUUGCAGGGUAUGUCCAGGCUUCUUCUCACACCUCUCGUCUCAGACUGAAAGACUCCCACCCUUCCCAUUGUGAGAGUAGCCAGCCUAGGUACACAGAAACCAUUGGGUUACAGUUGGGAGUUUCAAAGCGUUCCACAUCUCAUUCUGGGUCACGUGGAUUUCCAGCUGGACAGAAAUGUUACAUACGUGGACGGAACCAAAGUAGACCCUCUGGCCCCAAGUCCUAGUGGGAAUUGUGCUAGUAGGGAUUGUGUGCCAUCCAAGCUAGUGAUUGCCAAAAAAAGAAAAAAAAAAAACAAUCUGCUCAUGAAGUUCUCAGUUGAUGUAUUUGAGCACUUUGCUGUGUGCCAGAUGUUACAUUAUCAAAAGUGUUGCCAAAUAUAUAUUAGAAUGUAUUUGAAGUUACCUAUGUUUUUUAUAUGAAACUCAGUAGUGUAUACUGGCUUUAGAACAUUUGGUGGUAAUGACAUAUGAGUGAUAUCAUCCCAGAGAUUAGGUAAGUUGCAAUAGUCAAGAAACUCCAGUUACUGUAGAAAACAAGUGCUUGCAGUGGGUACAGAUUUUGCCCAGCUUAUCCUAAGGUUCAUAAACACAUCAUGGUCAUAUUCAUGUUAUUAAUUUGUUAAAGUCCUUCAUUGUCUAUUGGGUCAUGCAUAAUAGCAGUUAGUUGCAUUAAUAUUAUGUAUUGCAUUAUAACUUGUAUUGUGUGCCAGAUAAAUAUAUAUCAGUGAAGUUGAAUAAAAAAAAUUAAUAAAACUGGAAAAUGGUGAAGGCUGUAUAUAGGAUGGAAAGUUUAUAAAGUUUUAUAGUUGUAAUAUAAGGCAGAGCUGUGAUUAGCCAUACAAAUACUAUAAACCAAUAAUGAUAGCUUUACUGAAUAUGUACAGAAAAUAUACAGUUAUAGAGCAAAUAAAUUAUUUGAGAAAACUAUCAAGAAGCCACCAGGGUCCUUUGGCCUUAUAUCUUCAGCAAUAUCCUUAGCAGCCAACAUUUAAAGGUGACUGCUAGUUCUCUACAGUGUGAGGAUACAGAAUUUCAAAUCACUGUUUAGUUUAUGUUCAUUGCCUACAUUUUAAUCAUUCUUAUAGCUCAUUGUUACAUAUCCACAUUACCACAAGGUAUCCUUUUUAUUGAGAGUAUUUCAUCAAUUUUAUUGUGAUUAUUAUUUCUUAACAAGUCCAAGGGCUGUAUAAACAUAAAUAAGCCAGUAUUGUUUUCUCCUGGUGGCUCUGUACAGACAAUUGAAACUGAGUGAUGCAACUCACCCCCAAAGCUUGAAGCUUCACAUACGGUUAAUGAAACAAUUAAAUAUCUUCAUUCAGAUCUUGGCCAUUUUGAUGACGGGCAGAUGUAAUGUAUCAUACCAUAUAUUAACAUCUGAACAGUUCAAAUCUCGUUCAGACAAUCACAUUGUAGGGAUAGGAAUUAUGUCUAGCUGGUGACCAUAAUGGUGUUCAGUGACCUAAGAUUUUUCUUGAGUAAGGUGGUCAGCUUGAGGUGAUAAAUUCUACAUACAAGUUGUUGUUGGUCAAUCGUAAGUAGGGCUUCAGUUUUCUGAGUUGUCUUUCUCCUUUAGUCUUGUGAGGAAUAAAUAUAUAUAAGCUAAAACAACAGUUGAGAAACAGAGAAACAAUAGCGGUUUAUGGAUAGUUUAUCAUUUACUAUAAAUACAGUAUAUUUCAGGUGACAGAAAAACAGAUUUAUUAAAUUGAUUACAAAGAAGUGGACACACACAAACUUGCAAAACCUUUUAACUCAGAUGUUGUUUCAGAAUGUAUAUUCGAUUCAGUUUAUAAAUUGUUUGUGCUAGAGGCAAGCUGUAUUUUCUGUCCAUUUUGACUUUUCAGGUACUAUAAAGUUUUGGUAACUGUAUCACUAAGAUAGUCACAGUGAUUUAAGGUUGAUAUGCCUUAAUCUUGUCAUUGUAUGGUGCUAGAAUAUGAUUAUUGUGGUACAGAACUGAUACAGUUACCGAAAGUUCAGAAUGGGUAGAGAACAAAGCGUACAUCAAGACACUGCUGUCUUUGUUUUUGGUUGUUAUUUGUGCAUUGGAUCAUCACCCCCUGCAAAAUGUAAUAAAAAUGUAAAAUUCUUUGGCCAUUUAUGUGACAGGAUAGUGUUGUAUCACUUGAGAAGAAGUAGAAUUUCUUCAGUAUCUUCAGUUUUGCUUGUUUAUUAAAUUAAACGUAAAACAUACAUUGGCAAAUAAUUCAUUAUGACCAUAGUAAUCUAAAGUAUCCUGAUGCUAUCAAACUACUACAACUACUACUUUUUUUUUUCUUUUUUUUUAUCAUCAAUAUAGAAUAUCCUCAGUCCAGCCUAAAUAUUAUAUGACUUUACAACAUUUAGUCUCCUGUGCACUCUUUCCAUUCCUGUUUUAGCAUGCACUAGACAAAAACUUUCCUGAUUGGCCAUAUACCAUCAUCUUACCUUUAAUCCAAACUUUUAAUUUGUUCCUGAAAUACCAUCUCUUUCUGUAGCUUUUGACUAAUAACUUGCUACAUUUUGUCCCUUUUGAAGAUCUAAACCUGCCUGAGCCUUACACCUUCUUAGGAUGUUCUUAAUGAGGUCCUUCUUUUGUAUGAACUUUGAGUGUGUUGGGAGUCAAAUUCUCCAGCAAAAUGCCAAAUCUUUCCUGACAGCAUGGUGACUAUGUAGUGAUGUCAGUAUUUUUACUGCUGCUUUGUUGGUCUGUUGAAUUAGAAAGGAGAGAAAGUGUAAAACAUUUUAAAUAUUAUUAUGUAUAGCUUGUAAAAGUUACCUUCUGAUAUUUGGAUUAUUAACUGGGGAUAUAUUUGAAAAAUCAUGCACUGUACCUCCUCUAUGCAUACUAUUAAUCACUGGAAAACCUUGGUUUGAUUUGUGUAAUUUGAAAUUGUUGGCCUGUUUCUUAUUUACCAGUGAAUUAAUUUCUAUGGGCAGCAGUCAUACUCAGUUAUGGUUCAUAAUUUACCAUGGAAUUAUUAUUGAAGAUUGCUUUAACAGCAAUGUAAGAUAAUAUAAUGUGCACUGUUGAUUGUUUACUAUAUAGUCUAUUUAAACAUAAUCCGAUAUUUAGGCAAUAUUUUUUUCCCCAAUCGUAACAACUUAUGCAUAUGAUUUACUUUUAAGCAAAAGAGUAAAUUUCAGUUAAUUUUUGUUGUAUAUUUUAAUUAUUCUUCUGUUGUAAUUUUGGUGUAUGGGUAAUAGCAUAGAGCAUUUAUAGAAAAAAAUGCAACCUUACAGAGAAUUAAUUACAAGAUAUAGUUUAUUUUCUACAGACCUGUUUAUUUACAUGCAUUUGGAUUUUAGAUUGAAUUUCAUGCAGAUUUAUAACAGUAUCAUGAUGUUUGAUUAAUAAAUGUUUGUGUUUAUGUGUCAUCAUGCAACGUGUGUAUGUUCAUGUUUGUGCUUUCCUACAUGUUUGCAUAUAAGUACAGAGCAAGUCUUUUAAUCUGUUAACAAUGUAUGAUAAAAAAAAGUAUUUUGGAAUGCACUGGUGAACAUGGACCUGUGUGUAUGGAAAAAUAUCGUUUUAUUUUUUUAACAAUGUUAAAACAAACUUUUUAACUGAUUCUUUUGACAUUUUUUCAAAUAUUCAGAAACCAGAUAAAAGAGACCAUACAUACACCAGACACCACACCAUGGCACCAUCCAUGGUCCAUGGUCCAGGAGCAUCAACUGGGGGGGUGUAGGGUGACAAUUGCCCCUCCCCCCCCUAUUUGUUUGCUCCCCUCAAGGUCUGGCUUAUCCCCCACCCCCUAAUUUUAACUUAUUUUAUGAAAUUACACAUAUGUAGGUCCAGUUAUAGAUUAAAAUGCCCCUAGAGUAGGUAAUUUUUCUAAAUUUUUGUUUGCUUUGUUCACCAACUCCCACUUGCCACCCCUGCCACAGACCACAUAUGAACUAGAGACCACACAAGCACCACAAAACACUUAUGAAAUAGAAACUGCAUAUGCACAACAGACCACAUAUGAACUAGAGACCACACAAGCACCACAGACCACUUAUGAACUAGAGACCAUGCAAACCACAUAUGAACUGGAGACCACACGUGCACUACAGAUCACACAUAAACCACAGACCAUAUAUGGACCACAGAAAACACACACACACACACACACACACACA